AUGCUUAAAGUCAAACAGCAUGUUGAUGAUUUGUUGAAAUCAACUGAGAAUGAAUCAUAUAAUGACGAUUCUGAAAGUCUCGAUUUCAUCCGUACACUGACCUAUUGGAAAGAGAAGUAUCCUCAAGUGACUUGGUUAAACUUUCCUCCAUUUACACAUACAGGCGAUAUUAAUGAUGCUGUAUUUCAACUGCCACCAGGAGUGGUAGCUGAUCGUAACGAUCCCCAUCAUUCUAAAAUGAUGACGACAGAUGAUUAUGCUGCUGGCAAAAAUCUCUAG